AUGGCAAAGACAACGACAGAGCAUGAGGAGGAGAGGAGGGACAGCGGGACAUAUGGCGACCAGGCAGACAUUGCGGUGCAGAUGGCACACGACGCGGAGACGAAGACGUAUUCGCCGUGGACGCUGCGGAUGGUGCGACUCUACGUCGUGCUGUCCUGUGCAUAUCUGUGCGGCUGUCUAAACGGUUAUGACGGGAGCUUGAUGGGCGGCCUCAACGGCAUGACGUCGUACCAAAAUUACUUCCACAUGAAGGUGGCAGGCUCCAGCACGGGCAUCGUGUUUGCCAUGUACAACAUCGGCUCGGUGGCGGCCGUGUUCUUCACAGGUCCGGUCAACGACUAUUUCGGCCGGCGCUGGGGCAUGUUUGUGGGGGCGGUUCUGGUGAUUGUGGGCACGUGUGUGCAGGCGCCCGCGCAGACGCACGGCCAGUUCCUGGGCGGCCGGUUCCUGCUGGGCUUCGGCGUCAGCUUCUGCUGCGUGUCGGCGCCGUGUUACGUCAGCGAGAUGGCCCAUUCGCGGUGGCGUGGAACACUGACGGGACUAUACAACUGCACGUGGUAUAUUGGGGCCAUUGUGGCCAGCUGGGUUGUGUACGGCUGCUCGUACCUGGACAGCUCCAGCGGCUGGCGCAUCCCGAUUUGGGUGCAAAUGGCCAGCUCUGGCUUCGUGGCCGUGGCCGUUCUCUUCCUGCCUGAAUCGCCGCGCUGGCUGAUGGCCCAAGAUCGCCACGACGACGCUGUCCGCGUGCUGGCCACAUACCACGGCGAGGGCCGGGCUGACCACCCGAUCGUGCGGCUGCAGAUGCACGAGAUGGCCCGCCAGAUUGCCACGGCCGCGUCCGACAAGUCCUGGCACGACUACCACGAGCUCUGGAGCACCCAUUCGGCCCGUCGUCGCCUCAUCUGCGUCCUCGGCAUGGCCUGCUUCGGCCAGAUCUCGGGCAACAGCUUGUCAUCCUACUACUUUGUCGUCAUGAUGCAUGCAGCCGGCAUCACUUCCGAGCACAAGGUGCUAGCCCUCAACGCCCUCAACCAGGUCCUCUCCUUCCUCGGAGCCGUUGCGGGCGCUCGCCUCACCGAUGUCGUCGGCCGUCGCCCGCUGCUUCUCUGGUCCAUCGGCUUCUCCUCCCUCUGCUUUGCCGCCUUGACUGGUUCCUCCAAGGCGGCUACUGAUGACCCUUCAAAUACCGCGGCCGCCAACGCUACCAUCGCCCUCAUAUACAUCUUCGGCGUCGUCUUCUCCCUCGGCUGGACCCCCCUGCAAUCCAUGUACAUCGCCGAAACCCUGCCCACCCACACGCGCGCCAAGGGCACGGCCAUUGGCAAUUUUGCCUCGUCGGCCGCCUCGACCGUGCUGCAGUACAGCUCCGGUCCGGCCUUUCAGGGUAUCGGCUACUAUUUUUACCUCGUCUUCGUCUUCUGGGACCUCUUUGAGGGUGUCUUCAUCUACUUUUACUUUCCCGAGACCAAGGACCGCACCCUGGAAGAGCUCGAAGAGGUCUUCUCUGCGCCCAACCCGGUCAAGAAGAGCUUGGAGAAGCGCGACGUCCAUACCGUCCUCAAUACACUGCAGGUCGCCGAGGCCAAGGUGGUAGACCAGCCGUGA